CUCCUCUCCCGGAUGGGUCGACGCGCGCCGCGGGACUCGUGCAGAUGCGGCCGGCGUCUCCCGCGCGCCGAGUGAGCACGACUGAGUGUCGUCGCCGCGGGUAGCCAGGAUGUGACUCCUCACCGCUGCACGCCGACACCGGACUAUAAUGGGCUGCGGGCAGAGCAAGAUAGGAAGCAUCUAUCCGAGGAAAUCGAAACAUAAAAACGGGAAGAAAAGAGGCGACACGGAGGCGGACAGCGAGGAGGACGCCGAGGACGCCGACGGGGUGCCGGGGGCGGCGGGGGCGGCGGCGGCGGCGGGCUGCGAGGCGGACGACAAGCUGACGGGCGGCCGGCCGCGCCAGGUCUCCGCGGGACCGCUCCUCGCACACACGGAAAUAUCUUCCAGUCAAGUAGACUUCUUUAGGAUGUUGGACGAAAAAAUAGAAAGCGGUCCCGACUACAACUCCUCGGGGGAGGAGGAGAUGGAGAGGGAACGGGCGCGGAUAAUGUCUCUCCUGAAGGAGUGGGAGAACGCGAGUCUGAACAGUGCCAGGAGCCGGUCGGCACCAGCGACCCCCGUGCUGCGGAAACUGAACCUCAGGUCACAAACCAGUGGCGAGCUCGUGUCGAUCCACGCCCAGAAGCUUCCAGAGCCACCGGGAGUUCUUCACCAGCCCAAGUCGGUGCCCUACUUCGCGCCGCAGCAGCAGCUCAGAGACGACACGUGUCAGUAUCACUUCAAGGAGCAGCACCAGCAGAUGGCCAGAGCUCCCGGCUACCAGCAGUCUGCUAGAGAAGACGUGUAUCGGCAAGGUUCCAACAGAGACAUACCCUACCAAGUAGGUAUGGACGGGAUCUACUACGUGCUAGACAAAGAUAGCUCCUACAUACAAAAACAACAACAGGAUAGAGAGAACAUGUACCAGCAGGCAAACAACAGAAAAAUCUCAUACCAGCCGCCUUACAUGGACCAAGCUUAUCAUAUACAGCAAAGUAAAAGUGGCAAUCAGUCUCAGUCGAAUAAAGAUGUGUCAUAUCAGCAGAGAAGUUGGGACAGAACACAGCAAAGUGUUAGGGACUCAUAUUACUAUCAACAACCUAGAGAAGUGCAGUGCCCUCCCGUGUACAGGGAAUUAUCAUACCAACCUCCAGCCCAAGAUGGGUUGUACCAGUAUGUAAACAAUAAGGACGUUAUAUAUCAGCCAACUAAUAAAGAAUCAUUCCAGCAAGUGAGUAUAAACAGGAAUGUUAUGUUCCAACAACCAAGAAAAGAGCUGGUGUUCCAACAGCCGACCAGCAGGCCUAAUACUCCAUCGUUCCAAGUUCCCGUUCAGAAGCCAAUUAAAGACGCAUUGUUCCAACAACGCCAUCAGCCAAACCAAAAUGUCACGUUCCAACAUCCCAUCAGGGACGAACUAGUGCAGCAGCACGCCAAGGUGCCAAUACCUUUCCAGCAGUCGGGUGUGGCUGCGUUCCACAGGCCGUGCAGAGACAUGUCGAACAGUCAGGACCCCAACAAAGAUCUCCCAUACCAGCACGUUCCUAGAAGUGUGCCAGUCACACAGACGCCAAGAAGUAAAGAGAGUCAGUUCCAGCAUGCGAGUAAAGAGCAGUUGUACCAACAACUACAACGUUCCCAGGCGUAUCCCCAGGCGACUCGUAACGAGCAGUUUCAGGACUCGGGCAAGGACCUGGCAUUCCAACCAACCUCCAGGGCCUCCUUCUUCCAGCAGGCAAGUGCAGAUGGCGAGUUUCAUCAUGGCCGAGAGUUGGUUUUCCAGGAUGUGCAGAGGACUAUGUUUCACCAGCAGGAGAAAGCAGGAGGUCAGUUUGAGCAGCAAUCGAACAGUGAGUUGGUAUUCCAGCAGCCGCCGAUGACCUCUGUUUCCCAGCAGAUGAGCAGGGAGCAGACAACCAGGGACGAGCCGUUCCAACAGCCGCAGCGCACCCAGCACGUGUCGCCGCACCCGCCGGCGGCAGGCAGCAGGAACUACCAGCCAGGCACCAGCCAGCACGCCAGCUCCGUGGUGCAGUACAAGAAGUCGCGCGGCGCUUACACGGAGCUGGCGUGACGCUGAUCUGACACAUAGACAGACACGUUGCUUGUGAUCAUAUCAGGAAGACUGCUUAGUGACUGCAAUCAUUGUGUUAUAAUUAAUUCUCUGUGUAUGUGAUGUAGUAAACAUUUGUUCCUUUGCCUAUCGUUAUGCAGAAUACUAUUUUGUACAGUGUACCUAUUAUAGAAGUAAUCUUAACUUUGUUAUACUUCAGAGAAAAUUUUAACAACCAGUUUUACAAAAACAAAAAUCACAUUCUCUAUAUAAAGUGUUACGUACAUGAAAUAAUUUAAUGUUAGCAGGAUGAAGCUGGACUUUUUCUAAAAACUGCUACAGACGAAAAUGUAUAUAUGAGUUACAUUGUUCAUUCCCAAAUUUCAAAGUAAUGCUAAUUUUUUUUUAGUUUGUAUUUUCUUAAAACUUUUAUGCAGGGGAAAAAUAUUUGGCAAUAGAACUUCUUUGUAUUGCCUAUGUGAUGAGGAAGCAGAGCCGAUAGUAUGAUUUACUAACUGUACCACUGUUAUUUAGAGCUCAUAUUAACCACUAUAUCUUGUAUUUCUUAACCCUCCUGUGCAUAAUUAUGAUAUGGGUCUGUAUAUGUGAUAGAGAUUGGUAGAGGAGGUAUAUAAACAAACCAGAACUAUACAAAACGUAUGCGCUUAUAUCAUGUUUCCUGUAGGUUCUCAAGAAUAAUCAUUUCUUGUACAUGUUUUUUGCGUUUGGAAAAAAAGUGAGCUUGUGCGUUUUUAUUCUUGAAGGUAGAAUGCAAAAAGCAGACGUAUAUCUAACAUAUGUAUUGCAAAUAUGUACCUAAUUAAUAAGUGAAGAAGUGCAGUGAGAAGAUACUCAAUUCGUAUUCCGGCCUCAGGUUUGCAUCUUUUCGUUUGAUCAUGGUAUUCAAGUACCGACAUCAGUGCCGAAUCCAAAAAACGUAUUUUAUUCAAAGCGAGGGGAUAUAAACUUUAGUCGUUCCGCCUCUGUCCGAAUCACUCUUGGCAAAUUCUUGUGUAGUCAGUGCCAUGUGACUUGUCUUCAAUGUGGCACUUCUCAAAAGUAGUACAAACUGUCUACGAAUCCUUCCGCCACUGUUAUUCUGCCAACAGUGAUUGUAAACAACUCCAUAUGAUUGUCAGUGUUUGUAAAUAAACACUGACAUUUUGUAAAUGGGUAACCACUGGUACUACUAUUGAGAACCGUCAGAUUUGUGACAAGUUACAUGAAUCGACUCUUAUGAUUCUUUAACUGCGGCCACGAUUGAUUAUUUCCUUUAAUCCAGUAAUUAGUGCUGUGAGUUGUAAUGGCAUCACUGCCGACUAGUCUUAUAGCCAUGAAUAAUAAUUUCAAUGUUCUUUGCGAAAUUAAGUUGCACAAAAGAUACUCUUAUUUUUAAUUCUUGCACUCCUUUUGUGAUAUUAAGUUUUGAUGUAAAAUGUCUUAAACUGCAUAACACUACAACAUUUUGGCAACCCCUCAAUAAUUCGUGGGAUUCAGUCUUCGAUUCCACAUUUUAAAAAAAAAAAAUUACAUUACAUAUUCUCUUUCAGGCUAAACAUAUUCAAUCUUGUAAAAAUUAAAAUUUUCAAGUUUUUACAUUAGGACUGAAACUGUCGAUAAAAGAACAUUAUAUAUAUUGUAUUAUAACACUUGGCUAUCAUUUAGCAUAUACUGGAAAUUAAAUGAAAUCUGUAACGAUUCUAAAUCACAAUAGAGUCGCACAAAAUCCAAGCAAGUGAAUUGAUAAUCUAGACGUAGGAUUCUGCCGGUUUAUAAAAAUUACCAUUUUUCAUUUUAUUUUCAAGUCUCGUCUACAGCUUAUAUCGUAUACAAUACAACCCCGCCAACGCACCAACACCAUAAACUACCGCAUGCCCAUCCUCAUCGCUCUGACGACGCCGUAAGCCGUGCAGUGGAGUCCGACACUCUCCGACUCCUCGUACAGCAGGCCGCACAAAACCCCAGCGCCGUCGGUCGAGCACAGUUAGCGGACAGAGACUGUGAGCGCCCGCACUCGUGAUGAAUUGUGACGUGUUGGGGGCAGGGAAAUUGUAUGAGAAAUGUGCGCACAUAAACUUGGCGGCAUUUUUGAAAGAAAACAAUUAUCGUAGUUUUAACAUUUUGGAUCAACUUCCGGUAGUCGUGGUUUGUUUCUCUACAACUGCACAAAAUUACACUUAAGCAUAGCCUGUGUUAUAUGUGAUUCAUCUCACAAUAUGUUAGGUCAAGUGGUACCUCAUUUUAAUGCCUUCUUGAAUGAAUGAAAACAGUAAGAAUUCAAAAGUUAUUCAGUUUAACCAAACUGUACUUUACCAGUGUUAAUGAUUCUUCACGUUUUUGAAUCUAAAUCUACAGGAAAAUGAGUUAGAACAAAGUGAAAGACAUUAAGGACAACAUACAACAACAAACAUCAUACAAACACUACAUAUGAGCUCCGAAUCAUCAGUAUGUACUCCAACUACUUUAGCCAAGUUGCCACCACUUCGUCCUGCUCAUGUAUAACUCAUUAUGUAUCACAGAUAUUACUGUUAGCUCUUUGAUCUGGACGUUCCGGUUCACGGCCGUAUAUUGCAGGAUUAUGGGACGUCAAUGCAGUUUUAAAUGGAAUACCAAAGAAAAUUUCUUCGGUACAAUGAUAUUCAAGACCAGUUCUAAUAAGUUGAUGUAUGGCAAGAAGGAUUGACACUGAGCAGAAAUUGCACAACGUGGCAGUCAAGAUCAACAAACGCCUGAAUCUCCAGAAAAACCUGAACACCAUUGUCGGAUUAUGCUGGAAUCACAAUAGUGUGAUGGCGGCGACACCAAUAUUUCUAACCAUUCACGUUUGAUAUAUCUAAGACGUCAGCGUGACAAUAAUGGCGGAUGCUAUAAAAUUCCCGAUUGAAUAUUUUCUAUUUCCAUCUGGUCACUGGCACAGCACUACUGAAUUUUGAGUCCAAAUUUUGUUUUUGAACGGUAGUGAAACUGGUGCAAUGGUAAUUAUAUUAUUAUUCUUGUGUUUUAAAGGUUUUGUUUACUAAAUUUAUCCCUGAAAUCUCUCAAAUACUUUUACACACAGCGAUUUUUCAAUUGAAUGUUAAAUUUUAACUAAACAAAUUACUCUCUCAAACAUAUCUAUAAAAAAACUGCAAGCAUUGAUGGCUGUCGUAUGUCUGGUGCAUAUGUAAAAGCAAUAAACAUUUUAUAUACAAUUUUGUUUGUUGGUUGCCCAGGUAAAAAAAAAUUAUGUUCACAAUAUUGCUAUAUUUUGCUGUUGCAUUUCCAUCUUCGAAUUGCACCAUCACGUAAUUGUGAUUCCAGUAUUACAGAAUGUGCCGAACACAGAAUGCCAGAUUAAAGAGUACUGACUGUAGGUAUAUGUGGAACAUGUCCCACAACUAGCUAUUGAGGAACGUAUGUAGUUGAUAUUUGAAGCAAUGGUGGAUGUGAUGUGUACUAAAACCUCUCUGUACUUAGUCAAAUGAGACACUCAUUUAUGAUAGUUGUUGUGAAAUCAAUUUUUAUACUUAAGAAAUGAAAAUAUUUUUUAGGGUACUGGAGACUCUAAAAUUUAAUGCAGAAUAGAUUUUAUUAGUUUAAAAUGAUAAGUGUAAAAUUAUUUUUAUGGUAUCACUGUGUUAUGAUUUAAACUGAUGAAUUAAUUGCAUAUGUAAAUUCGGUAAUAUUUUCCAUCAUAUCAGUCUUGACCAAACGACUAAUAGUUGAAAUAUAUCGCUCAAUUAUUUAUUAAGGAAGAACUAGUCCGUAUCUGGUAAAGGUCGCAUCUGAAUUCUAUUUCUUAAAGAACAAUUGCAAAGCCUACACAUAGAUAAUAAUGUUGAAAAUGAACAGACCAACAUAAUAAAGUAAAACUCUGUGAAUAAUUACUUUAAAAAAAAUUUUAUGUUAAAAGCUUUGCCUGCAAUAAUAUUUACUGCCUCGGUAUUGUUGUUCUUUGUCAAAAUUAAUUUGUAGGAAUAGCAACUUGUGCAUAAUUACCGACAUUCAUUUUGACAAGCGCACAGUUGUGUUAAACAAUGAUAUUGUCAUGAAGACUAUUAGUUCCAGAGUCACCUGGAACAUAUUUCAUUGGCCAAUAGAGACGCAUGUGUUAAGAAAUAUUUUUUCCUAGAAACUGUAUUUUUAUCCAGCGCAACUUGCCCUCAAGCCCUCCUCUGGCUCUGCCACUACAAUAUUCAUCUUUUUUGACAUAAUGUAGCAAGAGCACUGCGAUGGUGCUGAAAACAAUCGAGACUAACUUUAUAAUAUGUUCUUAAUGAUAAAAUUGUGUUAAAUUAAAUUUUAUCUAUUGAGUUUUAAAUUUAAAAUGUUUCAGAUACUUCCAAUGAAUUUAAAAUUAGAAUUUUAUUUAUAAUUAGUGCAGAACUAAUACAGAUCACACGCGUUUACAUUAAAUUGAUUGAACCUGCUAACCAACACAACCAGUACAUUCAGAUGAGUUGUUAGCUGCAAUUCAAUAACUCAAUAGCUUGUGCCUUUUCAAAUCAACUACUCUAUUUAUAAAUCUGGUUUCCUAUAGCAUGGUACUUAUGUUUAGAUAUUUGGCCUUGAUGAAGAUUCAACCUUACAUCUGUCCACUUCAAACACAUGUGUAGCCUCACCAAGACCAACAUUCAAAAUUUUAGGUGACAUCACACAUUUGUUGUCAAACCAAAGAAGUAAUAAUUAUUGGUGCAACUAUCAAGCAAGCAGAUUAAAAGGUUUUGCUUCCAGCAGGCAGGAAUUGACAAGGGUCUGAACCUUCCAAGCUUAGAAAUGACAGCAACAGAUUAGGAAAAACUUUUUUUAGUGUUCAAGAUUUUGUGAAAAUGCCAAAGAAACCUCACUCAUUGUGAUAUCUAUCCUUGUAAAUGUUAGUGCUGUUUUCCCAUGUUUAUGGUUAAAGUACACAAGACUGUACACAAUAGAUAAUGUAAUUGUUUACCUAGACUGUAUUUAGGCUGCUUGAGGAAUUCUCAGCCAGUGUUUCAUAUGCUGUUACUUUAUUGAAAAGAUUUUAUUUGUAAAUACAGUUUGUUUUAAAAAAUGUGAGUACUAAAGAGAGGAAUGGUAUAAUCUGUACAAAGUAAUUAAUUCUCAGUUGAAGUUUUGAUUUAUUCUGUAACACUGAAAGGGAUGAAUGCACACGUAUCCCUUCAUGUACUCUUACAAAUAACAUUGUCCUACAUAUUUAUGAUUUCUGUUUUCAAGACACCAAAGAUGUCAAUAAAGAUAACAGAACCACAGAAAUUGUGGAGGUACUGUAAAGUUGGUAGACACAUAGGUACAAGCAUUUUGCUGUCAACAACUAUGAGACAAAUAUUUGCCAAAUAUGUUGAUGUUUAAACUAUCCAUUUCACUUCUGGACACCAGAUAUAAGAAACUGGACUUACCAACUUUUUACAAUAACCCCAUGAUAUUACGUGGCAUAAAAUAGUGUUAUAAUGAUCUUUUGUUGGCAGCUGUACGAACAUAAUAUUGCUUACUGUUGGUUUGAUAAGCACAAGCUAAGGAAAAACCAGCAUCUGUACUGCUGAACUUGUCAUAAAUUCUUGCCAUUUUCAUGAAGUGUAUAAAUGUUUUGUGAUAACAUGUAUACCAAAGCAUAAAAAUGUUUUAUUAAGUUAUUAAUGAGGAAAAAAAUUAUUUGUGAGCUAGAAGUAACAAAUCAUUAUUUUCACUAAAGCCAAAGUGUUUAAGACUGAAUAUUCAAUUUAAUGAAGGCAUUUAUUUAACUGGCAUUUCUACCUCAUUUAUAGAAGAAAAUUGCAAUAACUAAAGCAAUUUUAAUACUAACAUUGAACACAAUAUGGAAGUACCAUGGCUCAUGCACUAUCAAGUAUACCUGGGGAUGACCAAAACAAACUCCAUUUAUUAUAUUAAUAAAAAGGGACAUACCUGCUUUAUCUGAGGAAAGAGGGUUAGAUAUACAGUUUGUUUCAAAAUUUGUGGUUCAUAUGUUGGGUAGUGAUAAUACUAGAUAAGAGCAAGUCACCAUUCAAUGUAUGCAACCAGUGAUAUACUAGAGGGCAGUACGUGCUGUUAUGAAAUAAUGAGAAACAAGAUAGUGACGGAAUGAUAGAGCACCAAAUAAUUCGAAGAAAAUAUUGUAUUCAACAACUUUCAAUUACACAAAUCCCACAACACAAUUUCUGUUGAGAAUUUCUGCCAAAAAGUGACAUAGGCUUCGCAUGUGUCUUGUUGGAAGACGUUCUUGGUUCAAAUUUUGUACUUCUCUACCAUCGCCGUCCACAUGCCCAUGUGUGAUGCAUUUCUGCCUUCUCUUGAUUUUCUUUUGCAUCCAUGUCAUUGGAGAUCCACAACACAGAUGACUGUUUAUAUUUUCUGGAAAGCCCCCUCUAAUGCUUCACCGUUGAGUUGAGCAUACAUUGUGUGGUGUCUUGUGUUUGUCUAGUUGCAUUCUAUCACUUCCUAAUGCAUGUACCAUGAAUUUGAAAGUAUUGUAUAGCCUAAGAAAUACCAAUCUGUAUUUUAACUCAUGUGUUUCAAUUUUUAUGAUCCAUGUAUAUGUACACAACAUUAGUGUUUUACACAUCAAUUGUGGCAUUAACAGGGAAUAAAUUCUGUAAUUACAAAAUUGUGAUUAGUGUAUACAAUUUGAUAUCUUUAAUGUGCUGUAGGAACAUAUAAGAUUACAUUUAUGUAAAAUGUUUUACAAGUAUCAACCCCAGUUAUUGUUGCAAUCCAGCAAUGGAAAUUUGAUCUGUUUUCUAUUGAAUUUUUGAGUGUAAUUACUAGUCAUUUUUUCAGUGACAAAUGCAGAAUAAUACUUAAUUUUUUAUAUGUAUGGCUAUGGACAAAAGAAUUAGCUUGGUUCCAUUCCAACUAAAAUCAAAUUAAGUCGCCAAAAGCUGCCUUCAUGGAAACAAUGUUUAAGGCACCACCUGGAACUACAGCUAUUUGUUAAGAUUUUGUAUGAAAGAUUAUUAUUUCCAUAGGUAAUCCUAAAUUCCUGGUACCUAAUCAAAUUUCUCUGUUGUACUCCCUAGCUACCAAGUUUAAGAGAACAAAAUAUGUCUUUGCCAAUACAUAGGUUUCUUCACGUUCCAUUUUCUUAGGUUUGUUUGAAAGUGAUGUGUACUUUUAUCUUGUAACCCACAACACUGUUUGACCACAAGUCAAAUUGAUAGAAGAAUAAAGGUAAACAUAGCAUUCUUUUUGCACAGAACAUCUUAAAAAGUGGGUUUUGAACCAUGAUUAAUAUGACUUGCUCAUCAAGAAUUUGGAAUUGGUAUGAACCGUGCCAUUUAAAAUUCUUGGGUUGGAGGGUAUUCAAGAGGUUUAUAAUCAAGAAUGAAUCAAACUCAACAAUUUUAAGCCUUGCUCCAUUGACAUCUAGCAAUAGGGUGAAACGUACGUAACUAUAGUUUCAUUUAGUAAUUGGUUACUGUAAUUGUUGCAUCAAAAUAAUUUAACUUGAAAAUUUUUUUUCAAUAGUGGUUCCAAUGCUAAUAUGAUGCUUUACAUCAAUACUGAUCAAUUAUUAGGUUUUCACAUUUAUUUCAGCAUUGGAUGACAAACUAGGACUUAUUUGUAUUUAUAUAGUUUGACAGUGUAAAGUUUUUUUUUUAUUUAAGACAUUAUCACAUUCAAACAGAAAUUGUAUUUUUGACAAAAUAAAUUAAUAUGUUGACUUUU